GCGUGUAAGGCUUUAAGGGCUUCACUGGGCAGGAUGGAGACAUGGCCGGCGGCGAGACUGCAGUUCCCAGCAUGCAUUGCAGCCGGGCCGGGAACCGGGACUUCGAGUGAUGGGGGCCCCGUGGUGCCUUAAGCCGCCGAGUGGCUCGUAAAGGUUCAGGUGGAGCCCUGGGCCUGGGAAUCGGACGACGGCUGAGAAAAGAAGAUGGAAGCUUGGCGUUGUAUGAGGAGGGGCUACGGCCGCUGUGUGGUGGGGAGAGGCCGAUACCCCAUGUUUUCCCAUCACCCGAAGAGUCUGGGCAGAGACUGGACUACACCGUGGGAGAAUCUGCAAAGAUGUUGCUGGAACAGACAUAUUUCUAGUUGUAUGAGGUGGCCUGGACAUUAUUCUCGUGCUCCUUACCCAUACUUCAGUAGUAGGCAUUUUUCACUAAAUUGGAGACCACCUUGUUUAUUUGAGUCUAGAACUCAGUUUCAGUACAGUAACUGGAGACCUGACAACCUGAGCCAGACCUCUUUGAUUCAUCUCUCUAGUUACAUCAUGAACUCUGAGGGAGAUGAGCCUUCAUCAAAACGAAGAAAACACCAAGGCAUGAUCAAAAGGAAUUGGGAAUAUAUAUGUAACCAUAAAAAAGAAAAAACGAAGAUCCUAGGAGAUGAAAAUGUUGACCCCCAAUGUGAAGACAGUGAGAACAAGUUUGACUUUUCAGUGAUGUCCUAUAAUAUACUUUCACAAGAUUUAUUGGAAGAUAAUUCACACCUUUAUAGACACUGCCGACGGCCAGUAUUACACUGGAGUUUUAGGUUUCCCAAUAUUCUGAAAGAAAUUAAACACUUUGAUGCAGAUGUACUUUGUUUGCAAGAAGUUCAAGAAGAUCAUUAUGGAACAGAAAUCAGGCCAAGUUUGGAAUCACUGGGUUAUCACUGUGAAUAUAAGAUGCGGACAGGAAGGAAACCUGAUGGCUGUGCCAUUUGCUUCAAGCAUUCCAAAUUUUCGCUCUUAUCAGUGAAUCCAGUAGAAUUCUUCCGCCCUGAUAUUCCUCUCUUGGACAGAGACAAUAUUGGAUUAGUUUUACUCUUGCAGCCCAAAAUUCCAUGUGCUACCUCUCCUGCAAUCUGUGUAGCUAAUACACAUCUAUUGUAUAAUCCAAGGAGAGGCGAUAUUAAGCUGACUCAAUUGGCAAUGCUGCUGGCAGAGAUUUCCAGUGUUGCACAUCAGAAAGAUGGCAGCUUCUGUCCUAUUGUUAUGUGUGGUGACUUUAAUUCUGUUCCUGGUUCUCCACUCUAUAGUUUCAUAAAGGAAGGAAAAUUGAAUUAUGAAGGACUUGCCAUAGGAAAGGUAUCUGGCCAGGAACAGUCUUCACGGGGACAAAGAAUUUUAUCUAUUCCAAUUUGGCCCCCAAACCUAGGUAUCUCACAGAACUGUGUGUAUGAGGUACAGCAGGUACCAAAAGUAGAAAAGACAGAUAAAGAUCCUACACAAACACAGCUGGAGAAAACAGAGGUCCUCGAAACAGCUGAAAAAUUAUCUUCAAACCUACAGCACCAUUUUAGCUUGUCAUCCGUUUAUUCACAUUUCUUUCCUGACACUGGAAUUCCAGAAGUUACCACCUGUCAUUCUCGAAGUGCCAUAACUGUGGAUUAUAUUUUCUACUCUGCAGAAAAAGAAGAUGUUGCUAGGCACCCAGGACCACACUUAUCCUGCCAACAACAGUUUUGUAUAUUGACUUUGGAAUAUUGGAUCUUUCUGAGGUUUCUAGCGUGACUAUGUGUUUCUAAAAAGCAAAAGUGAUAACAUCUUUCCUUGUAUGACUCAGUGAAAAUCAGGUUGUAUACAUUAAUCAAAGGAUUUUAAAUGGAGAAUUUAAAAUAAUCAGAAUAUAAAGUAGAACUUUGGGCAGUUUUAAAUAUGGGCAGCUUUUUUUUUUCCCGUCUCUCUGUCUCUGUCUCUCUCUCUCUCUCUCUCUGUCUGUCAUCCCUAGCACUUUGUAUUUUAUGAGAUGGAGUCUUACAAGUUGGCAGUUGGCCAGGUUGACCUCAAACUUGUGAUCCUUCUGUCUCAGCCUCCGUAGUUGCUGGGAUUACAGGUGUGGGCCACCAUUCCCAGCUCUCUUCCUUUUUGUGUGUGUGUGUGUGUGUGUGCUUUUUAUAUUUUCCCUUUUGUUCCUGUUUUAUUUUACCUCCCCUUCCUUCUGGGGAUUACUUUAUUAGUAACACUCUUCCUACUAAAAUCAAUUUUAUGAAAUAGCUUGCUAUAAUAGGGUUCUGGAAGAUGUCAUGCCUACAAAAGUUCACUAGGUGGCGGGAGAGUAUCAUGGAUCAGCCUCUCAAAUCUCUUCAUAGUUGAGAGCGUGUCAUGUUUUACUUCUGUGGGGGCAGCCUCUCUGGGAGUAAAUUAUACUUAUUCUCCAGUUACCUGAUAAGCUUCCUACAUAAGUGUGGUUGGAUCUGUUUGGUUUUAUUGCAGUUACAAAAUGGUUGAUGGAUGAUUUAUUGGGUAGUUAUCCAUUUGAAAUUACUCUUAACAUUUUUUUAUGUAUUACAUUAAUAUUUUCCUCUAAAGAUUAUUUGCAAAACUUAAAAUAGAAAAAUGUAUUUGAAGUACAAAUAAUAUCAGAAACUGCUGUGAGUUUGAGAAUUAUUGUUAUAACUCAAUAAAACAAUUAAUCCUUCUAAAAA